GUGGAUUGCCCUGGGUCAACGCAUGAAGCCCGUGAAAAAGUCUGGCGCUGAUUGAGGUUCUUGAUGACGUCGCCAACAGUAUGUACAUAAUGCGUGCAGGGGCGGCUCCACCUCGGGCGUUUUUAGUACGAAAAAGUCUUUGGACGAGGCCACCAGAACCUGCGGUAAAGACCCGACAGCCGCCCGCAGCUUCAUUCGCGUGGUGCCCAUCGCCUUUUCUUCUUGUUUUUGCAGUUUUCUCAUCUCUACUGAUGAGUAUCGUUGCCGCCAGCACUAGCAGCGCAGCAGCUUCGCGUCGCGCCGCUGUAGUUGACCACCGAGAGCAAGCGACCGCCUUCGCAGCAGACGUCGAGCAUUUCACGGCGCGCACGUGCGGAACCAGGAAUCGCGAUAAGAUUCUUGCAUUGUGCGCGCCAUCUUUGAAGACGGGACCACGGGGUGGAUCAAGAUCUAUUUCUUCGUCGCAGGAGCCGCAAAGGACAAGCUCUGGCGUCGACAUCCACACGGCUGCUCAGCAAACCAUGAAAGCACUCGCCUGCCACCUCAGCGAGCACAUGCGGACGCUGGUUCUUCAAAAUUCGGAGCUAAUGGCGACGGGAAGCACAGGUGAACAUGCUACGGAAGAACCUACAACAGCAGCCGAGUUGCUUGCCACCGCGCACCGCUGCAAGCUCCAGUCAUCUUGCGUUGACGAAGUGGUUGAUUUCGUUUUUGACAUGACGAAGUCCAAAUCUCCGUUGAACAAAAUCUACAACUCCCCUAGCAGCCACCGAGAGAGUGAGUCAACAGCAAAUGAUGAGAUGAACGGAGAUACAUCUAGUAGGACGAUAUCUCGCCUUUGCCAAGAUCUGUUUCCGGCCGCCGUAGGAACGAUACUGCAGUUGUCUUCUGGAGGUGGUGCAGCAGCUCCUGCACGACAGAAGAUAUUAACUUCGGCAAAAGCUUUUACCGCUGAAAUCGAUGGCGGGACUGGUGAGCAAACAGUUGACACUGGUGGUGUUCAUCUAUCGUCCGGAACAUCAAUCGGAGCAAAGCCUACACGUCGCCCGGAUGAAGAUAUCGUUGAGGAACAUGAUCAAAACAGCCCAGGAAAUCACCACCCAGCUGUCGCUGCUGUUGCUCAUCCUCAUCGUCCUGCGAGCCGCGAGAUGACAGAAUUUCUACUUGAUGGGGCGGCGGCCCCGGUGUCGGACUCAGUUUCCCUGCACGAGGAAUUUCUUACCGACGGAGGUGGACGUGGACGAGGUGGCGUAAAUAAAACCAUGCUCACCUCGUCGUACUAUUCUGAUAGUACAGCAGACAGAGGCGGCAAGAACGCUACGCAACAGCAGUCCAAUCAACCUAAUACCUUCCCCCGGCGACUCGCGUUCGCUUUCCCAACCGUUACGGCGCUUGUUCCGAUAGCAACUUCUAUGUCGGAUGAUGAUGACUACGGUCGUGACGGCAGUGACGCGGGAGGAGGCAAAUUAAACUGCACCGACGAAACCUUCUGUUUGCGCCUCGCGAGCGCUGUAGCAAGUAGUUUGCGGAGCACGGAGUUGACAAGAACAUAUUCUGCAACUACUUCUGCCUCGGCAACUACCCAACUGUUUCUCAUCCCCGCCAAAGUUUCCGUCUCGAUCGAAAAUUGUUUCAGUUGUACGACGGACUUUACCUCAUCCCCGGCCACAACUACCUCGAAGAACAGCAGUGGGAACAACACUACUAGUACGACGAGCAGUGCCAGUACUACAGCCAGCAGCUCUAGCAGUAGCACGUCCUUCACCUCUUCGUUUUCAGUGUCUUCACCAGGAGGACCGUUUACCGGUCGUGGACCAGAAGCAACACCACCUGCAGGAGACACAGAAUACCUCGUCUCCUCUUCAAGGCAACGAACAGCCCCAUCCCUCCUCGACGCAGCGGCUGCGGCAGAAGACGAAACGGCUCGCGUUUUAAAGAAGCACCACAAGAGCGACGAGGGCGCGCUGGGACGAGAGCGAGAGGGCGACAACGACGACUCUAACGUGGAUAAUUGGAUCUCCCCCUUCGUGACCGGCGAUGUCGAGUACUUUACCUACACCAGUCCUGCUGCCGCCCUGACCGCUGCUUCCAAUCUCUCACUCACCGCCUGUGUGGACGAUGUGGGGAAGAGUCUGUUGACAAAGUUGAUUUGGGAGCGAAGUCGAACGACCAGUACCAGUGCCAGUAGUACAGAUAGCGCGAACAAGAAGUACAACGCGCUGCAGCAAAAAUCGCAGGCGGCGGUCACCCAGCAGGAUGAAGAAGGGACCACUUCUGCGUCAGCACCCGGUUCUUCGACAGACGAGCAAACUAGUACCCUAUCUUCUAUCUUCCAACAGGUAGACCAAAACGAGGUGGCAACCUGGUUUUCGACCUUCGUUCUGUUCCACAUCAAGGAGUCGGCGCUGUUUCAAGCGGGUUUUUUGAAGAAUGGCACAACAUCAACUUCACCUGGUGGGAGCAGCAAUACCAAUACAAAUGGUACAGCAUCAAAUAGUUCGACGCAACUUGUAGGGCAGCAGGUGGAAAUCCAGUGGGUUCACUGCGACGAAGCGGUAAAGGAGUUGUCAAACUUGCGGAAAAUAGGCCCCGGAGUCAACGUACUAGGGAGUACAAGCGAUGAAUCCUUCGGUCACUGGCUUUCCAACUUGUCCCACGAGCAUUUGUUCGUGUUGAUUGCGGCGUUGGCGAGCAUACUAAGCUGUUUGUUGUCCGUCGUAGUGUUGUGGAUGCAGAAAGGUGGAAGUGGAACAAGUGCUGGGACGAAUGGUGACGGUAGAACCAGAAGCAGCGCAGUUGCUCGAACGACGAGGUCGGCCUCAUUUUCACCUCCGAACAAAGAUGCUGUGACGAUUCAGCGGAUCGAUGUGACAAAGCAUCAAAUAAAUACUGGUCCUGAUGCAGAAGAAGUGCUGGAAGAAGAUGAUGAUGGCCCACCUUUGCACUAGGUUUGUUCUAUCCGUCCUCGUCCCCGGUGAGAUGAAUGAAACAAAAAUAAAAAACGCAUAUUAUGUCAGCCAGUCCCAGUCCCGCGCAAAUUAUGUGCGCCACAUCAAAAUGAAUAAAGCAGUGUCAAAAACACGUACCAAGAUGAUAAAGCAGGCCGUCUUGCGACUUCUUAGCUCGGCCAUCUUGCGACAAUUUGACUCAUGUGUCAAGUUGCGGUUGCCUCCGUUGUUGUACCAGCGCAGCGGAACUGAUGCUGUGCCUAGC